AUGGGUGCGCAUAAAAUGGACAUGUCCGAGACGGAGACGGAAGUGGAUAGAGCAGGUACGGCGACAGAUGCGACGUCAACGCUGACCGACGAUCGGCCGUUGGCCGGAGGCGGCAACGACCAGCAGAUCAGUGGAAGUGGUAAAGGUGGCGAAUGCUGUGCUACGUCCCUGUCGGACAGAACGGACGCGCAGAACACGCAUGCGGCGAAGGCGAAGAAAGACACGCACAAGGCGAGCAGCAAGAACUCGGCGAACAUCUGCCGAGGUCUACGACCUGAUCCAGUACAGUCAUACAAGACUCGUUCCGAGGUCGCCGCGGAACACGCACUCGAAAAACACCUGCAUCACCGACGUAGUGUCGAACAUCAGCUAUGGGCUACCGUAAACGGAGACCUUCGUAGGGCACAUCUGACUAUGGCGGGCGAAAGCGACGUGACAACGAUGAAGAGGAAGGGAGCGAAAUCGAUACCCGACAAGACAUCAGCGGCUCGUAAUCCGCUUUAUCCGAUUACCGGCUCGGAAACGUCACGACGUCACAAACGCCGUGCUAAAGGUCUUCAUCAAUUUUCCUCAUGCGGCUGCAACAACCUCGCUCUUUAA